AUGUUUUAUACAAAGGGAUGUGUACAUGACGUAAAUGAUUGUAUUGAAUUAAUAAACAGGGUAGUAAAAGGUGAAAUAAAAAUAAUGAAUAGAAGAUUGAAACUAUGUGAACAAGACCUUUUAAGUCCAGGAAUGAUUUUUAUCUACAAUGAACGAACAAGUAAUAUUAAGAGAUGGACAGACAAAAAGAAGUGGCUGCCAUCGAGAAAAAUCAAGUGUUUUCUUUCUUAUACUCAUCAGUCAUACAAAUUUGUAAAGAAAACGUAUUCACGUGUUACUGAUAGUGGCGUAUAUCAUAUUAUUGCAUACUCACUAGCCAGGUGGGAAACCGAUAAAUCAUGUUGUGAGUUAAGUUCCAAUGAUUUUGACAGCUUAAUACACAGUGUUAAGAUAGUGACAGAUAUCAUACAACCAACACAUAAGAUGUUUUAUAAUGAAAUGUACUAUAAGGGACAGAGUGGUGUAAUUCCACAACCUUAUUUCUAUGAACAACACAUGUACAGAAAUAACUUUAAUCUAAUCAAUUCAAACAUUCAAAAUGAAAAUGAAAUAGAGAUAAGCAGAAAUGACAGUCAGAUUUUAAGAAACUCAAUGACAAAAUCAAAGAAAAAUAAUUCACUUGAUGAAUUUUUAUUAGAAAAUUUUAAAAAUGAUGACAUCGCUAUCAACAGUGAUAUCAUGCAACCUAGAAAAGAUAACGUUAAUAAUCCAUUCAUGUUUAAUAGCGGUGAAUAA